CUUUCAAUUUGCAAGCCAAGGGUAGACUGACAGUGGGCUUUUGGUAUUUCUGUUUUGCAGAUUCUGUAGUUUUACCAUGGAAAGACUGGUAUUUUUGACAAGCUUUUGCUUGCUGCUAGCCAGUACACAGCAAGAACCUUCAUUUCUCAUCACUGCCCCAAAUGUGGUUCAUUUGGGUGCACAGGAGACAGUAACCGUUCAAGUUCACGGAGCAAAGAGCCCAGUUCAUGUUACUGCCUAUUUCAAAGAUGAGGUGAAAAAUCGGCUUUUAUCAGAUAGGAUCAACUUUAACCUUAACCAAGGGAACAACUACCAAGAGAUAAAGAAAAUAAUGGUCAAGCCAGGAAAUCUGCAGCAGGAUACAUUCAAGAAGAGUAAAAAUCCACAAGUUCUGCUUGUCACUGAAAGCAGGGAGCUUCAUAAGAAGGCUGUUCAAAAAAUCCACAUCCUCCUGUCAUCCAAGAAGGGCUACAUUUUCAUUCAGACAGACAAGCCUAUAUAUACACCAAAUUCUAAAGUAAGAUACAGGAUCUUCAUUCUGGACAAUGCUAUGAGGCCAUCAGAAGAUACAGUUACAGUUGCUGUGCUUAAUUCAAAAGGAAUGGUGGUUAUGAAGUCGGAACGGAAAAUAAAAGCAGUGUUCAGUGAAAAUUUUGAUAUACCUGACAUUGCCGAGCCUGGAACUUGGAAAAUCAGAGCCUGGUUUCAACAGUAUGAAAUGUCGAAUGCUUCAGCUGAAUUUGAAGUUAAAAGAUACGAACUUCCAUCUUUUGAAGUCAAACUGAUUCCACUUCAGCCAUACUACUCCAUCUGGAAUGAAAACUUCAUAUUUGAUAUCGAGGCAAAGCACUCUUAUGGAAAAGGGAUUGAAGGUAUUGCGUAUGUACGAUUUGGAAUAAUCGAUGAAACUGAGAAUAAAGUCUUUCUUCCAGGCCUGGAACAACAGCUGUCAAUUCAAAAUGGAAAAGGAAGAGUUACUUUAACUACACCACUUCUGGAAGAGAAAUUAAAAAAGAAUAUUUCCACUCUGGAAGGGUUUCAUUUAUAUGUUGCCGUUACUGCUGUAGAAACUGCAAGUGGAGAGAUGAGGGAAGAGGAACUCAGCAAUGUGAAGUUUGUGAAAUCUCCUUAUGUUGUUGAUCUGUCUAACACCAAAAAGUACUUUGUGCCUGGAGCCCCCUUCUCUGUUGUGGCCUCUGUCACUUUGGUUGAUGGCUCUCCUGCUGCCUCCUUGCCUGUCACUGCUACUGUCACCAUACCUGGAAAGUCCUCCAUGAAGAAGACUGCACUUUCUAAUAAUGAUGGCCUAAUCCCCCUCACAUUUGACAUCCCUGCAGAUGCCCAGACUCUUCAAGUAGUGGUAAAGGCUGAAGAGGGAAAAGAAAGGUUAGAAUCACCUGAAACCAGUAUCAGAGCUGAAAGAUACCAGUCUGCUACCCGUGACUACCUUAGCAUCAGCAUCCCACAUACUGUUUUGGCACCUGGAGAUACUUUACGAGUCAUCUUAAAUGCCAUCCAUCAGUCUGGCAGUGGGAAGAUUGACUACUUCUAUUAUAUGGUUAUAGCAAAGGGACAAGCUGAGCUGUUGGGAAGGGUGUCCUCCUCAAACAAAGUAAUAAACCUCAAAAUCACUCAGCAGAUGGUGCCUGCUUUUCGCUUCUUAGCUUACUACUUCAUUGCAAACCAGGGCCGUCAAGAGAUUGUUGCUGAUUCUGUAUGGGUAGAUGUUAUGGAUGUCUGUGAAGGAAAGAUUAAAGUGAGAACAGAACAUGAGAUGUAUGAACCAACCAACAACGUCAAAUUACAGAUUGAAACGGACCAUGCGGGAACUGUUGCCUUAGCUGUGGUUGAUAAAGCAGUGUUUAUUCUAAACAAGAAAAAUAAACUCACAUCCAAAAAAGUAUUUAAGGCAAUGAAUUCAUAUGAUCUUGGAUGUUCCGCAGGCGGUGGUGCAGAUAGUGCUCAAGUUUUUACUGAUGUUGGUCUUGCCUUUUUAUCAGACACAAUUCAAUCCAAUGUUCGAGAAGGGUAUACCUGCCUCCAGGCUACCAGAAGGGAGAAGAGAUCUUUGGAUUUCCGGAAGAAAAUGUUAGGAAUUGCUAGCAAAUAUCAAGAUGCUGAUGUACGCAAAUGCUGUGAAGAUGGAAUGAAAUUAAAUGCCAUGAAGUAUUCUUGUUCAAAAAGGUUAACGAGAGUGACUGGCCCUCCCAAAUGCAGAGAAGCUUUCAAGGCCUGUUGUGAAAGUGCCACAGCCCUCAGGAAGGAGGAGGCAGCAAAGAGGAGAACCGCAGUGAGCUUGGCACGAAACUAUGAUAAGGAAGAAGAAAUCUUUGAGGAAAUGACUCUCAAUUUGCGCAGUUAUUUUCCUGAAAGCUGGUGGUGGCAAUUCAAAGAAGUGAAAAAUCCUGGAAACCAUAGUGUAACCAGCAUUGCUCCUGACUCUAUAACUACCUGGGAAGUUCAGGCAAUAAGCAUAUCUCCCCAAAAAGGAUUUUGCAUAGCUGAUCUUCAUAACUUUGAUGUUUUCAAAGACUUUUUUGUGUCCUUGAGAUUACCAUACUCAGUUAAACGACACGAACAACUGGAAAUUAAAGCAGUGAUUUACAACUAUCUGCCCAAUGAUCUCCAGGUCACAGUGAAAAUGGAUGCGGUGAAGGGGCUGUGCACUGCAGAAGCAACAGGAAAGGCAGUGCAGCUGAAACUGGAGGCUAAGGGGAAUUCAGCAACGCCAGCCUAUUUCUCAGUUGUUCCACUUAUUGUGGGAGAAAUUCCAAUUACUAUUUCUGCUUUGGACUCAAAUACUGGGCAUAGCGAUAGUGUUAGAAAGAACCUCAAGGUCGUGGCUGAAGGUGUUUUACAAAGAGAAGAACAGACAAUUUGCAUUAAUAGUGACUUGAGAUCCCAUACACUGGACUUCAGCAGACCAUCUGACAUGGUACCAGGUUCUGAGAGUCACAUGUUUGUUAGCCUGAAAGGAAAUCCUAUGGGUGAUUCUGUUGAAAACUGUCUGAGUCUCAAUGGAACUGAGAAACUUAUUCAAGUGCCCACGGGCUGUGCAGAGCAAACAAUGGUGAAAAUGGCUCCCACAGUCUAUGCUAUUGAGUACUUGGAUGCCAGUGAGCAGUGGAAGAACUUUGAUCCUGAACGAAAGGAUGAAGCCAUUAAGAUGAUUGAAAAAGGUUAUACAAGACUGCUUGAAUUUCAGAAGGAUGACGGUUCCUAUGGAGCUUUUAAAUCAACACCCAGUAGUGUUUGGUUAACUGCAUUCAUUGUUAAAGUACUCACAAGGUGCAAAGAAUACAUUAGUGUGGAAGACAGUCACAUACAGAACUCGAUUUUGUACUUGCUUAAUCAACAGCAGGCAGAUGGUUCAUUCCAUGACCAUCAUCCGGUAAUGGACAGAAAAAUGCAGGGUGGCAUUGAGUCAGCGGGAGAAGAUUUGGCAUUGACAGCCUUUGUAACUAUAGCAUUGCAGCAGACUCUACAGGCUUACAAAGAAUCACUCGAUGUGGCAGAAGCUGUUAGAAGAUCAGUGGUUUACAUGAAUAAUGAACUUCCUGGAAAUACUGACUGCUAUUCUACAGUUGUUGCUGCUUAUGCUUUGACGCUUGUUGAGCCUGAUAGUUCUCAGUCCCUGAGUGCAACAGAAAAAUUAAGAAGCUGUUCUGUUUUUAAUGCAGCAAACCAGCAGCGCUACUGGGGAAAUGGCAACAAUGCAAUCUCAGUGGAAACCACUGCCUAUGCUUUGCUUCAAACACUGCUCUUGGAAGAUAUGGAGUAUGCAAUGCCUAUUGCUACGUGGCUGACAGAAAGAAAGAAUUAUGGUGGAGGAUUCUGCUCUACACAGGACACAGUGGUGGCCCUGGAAGCAAUGUCAGCAUACAGCAUAAAGACACUGAAUACUAUUCCCACCAACCUGACUGUAAGAAUAGGAGCUCCUGGAAGGAGAGAGGACUACACUAUUACUUUGACUGAUACUAACGAAGGGAUUCAGAAGAAGCUGGAGUUCGAACUUGGGAGAAAACUUGAAGUGUCUGUACAAGGCAGAGGAAAUGGGACUAUGAGUAUAUUGAAAAUGUACUGGUCACCUGAGCUGAAAAACAAUACAUGUAAUGACCUGAUUUUGACAGUGGAAGUGGAAGGAAGGAUUAAGUAUUCUGACACUGUGUACUCUGAGGAAAAUUAUGAUGAUGAAGAUUAUCUUGCUUCAGACUCCAGUGAUUCUGAGACCCUAUCUAGAAUAGACUGGUUUGAUAUCCGCAGCAGAAGGAAAAGGGAUGUGAUCUCACCCAGUAAAACAGAAUCUCUGCAGUACAAAAUCUGUGUCAGGUCCACAGGUUCCUAUUCACCAAAGAUGUCUCUGGUUGAUCUUUCUCUGCUGAGUGGCUUGGAGCCUGAUACUAAUGAUCUUGAACAGCUGGUAACAUCUUCAGAUCAAUAUAUUCAGCACUUUGAGUACAAGGAAGGAAAGGUUUUGCUCUACUUUGGGGAGCUCACAAGUGGACCAGAGCCAGACUGUAUAGUAUUUGGGGCAAAGCAACUUAAUCCAAUGGGCUUGGUUCAGCCAGCAAAUGCCAUCCUGUAUGAUUUUUACAGCCCAGACAGAAAGUGCAGUGUCUUCUACAGCGCCCCCCAGCACAGCGCCAUGCUUGCCAAGGUGUGCCACGCCGAAGUUUGCCAGUGUGCAGAAGGUCCUUGCCCAAGACAAAAAUCAACUUUCAGUAAAAACGUGAAAGAAAACACACGUUUUAACUUUGUGUGCUACCAGCCUAUUGCAGAUUAUGUCUAUGAAGUGGAGCUCCUCAACAGUACAAAGAAGAAUGUUUUUGAUUACUAUGAGGUCAGAAUUCAGAGAAUCCUUAAAUUCAGCCUGCCAUUCCAGCUGUGCCCACAUGAAUUUUACUCUAUCAGCAGCAUCACUGAACACUGAAAUUAUUCAAAGGAAUUUCUGGAAAGGCUGUCAGAUGACAACUCAGACUUCAGCCACCAAGCUAUCAUGUGGUUUUCAGUUUUGAGUUUGGCAGCCAGAGAUUGCCUUUAAAGAAAAACUGUAAAGGUUUCAAAACUUCCCUUACUUAAGCAGAAUAAUUAUCUCAUUCUCUUGAUCUUUGCCUAGAGGGCAAGUGAGGGCAGCCAGUACUUCAGGGCACACAACCUGUGAUCUGUGUCAAAUGUCCACUUAGAAGAUCAGGUCCCUACUGGAUGCAUCCAGAGAUGGCCAGUGAUAAUCAGGACUUUCCAUAUGCAGGGAAAUCAUAAUACACUUCAUGAUCAAAACACUGCCUCUGGAAGAUUACAACACCACAAUGGAAAGUUUCUUUAAUGCCUCCAGAAAACCUACAGGAUCCGAAGAACUUAGAGCCAUGGGCCUCACUGCAUUUGUUCUUGCAGCUCAUAGGCAAGCCCUGGGAAGAUUUUGCUUCUUGGUUUUUGAAAGAGAUAGGUAUCUUUUGAACCUAAAGUUGAACAGAAGAGGUGACUUCUCUCAUUCCCACCUCCUUUAAAAUACUCCUUUGUUUGUACUGUAUGAAGUAGGUUACAAGCAUCAGACUGUUUCAGUGGGGUUGGUAAAGUCUGGAAAGGGGAGCUAAGCCAUGAUGAUGAAGAAAAAGCAAGGUGCAGUACCUUCCCAAAUCAUUUAUAUAUAGAGAGAUGCAUUUUUAUAUAUUAAAAUCAUCUAUAUUAUCAUCUAUAUAUAUAUAUGUAUUUGGAGAUUGAAAAUUGCAUAAUUAUAUAACAACUGUUACAUUAAUGGCUGAUGAUCCCUAGAGUAUGAAAUCUGCCAGGACAUUUGUGAAGCAUUUGAAGUGAGAAGCACCAUGGUAAUUUAAACAUAAUGAACCUGAGGCAAAAUUUUGUAAUUUUCUCAAAUAAUUCUGAUUCAUCUUAACACUCCUUUGCUUCUUACAACAAAGUGAAAAUUGGAUAUAGCUCAGGAACAGCAGAAAGUCUUGGAUUUCAUGAGAAAAUCUACAGUGCUGCAUGCUUCUUUGGAAAUGCACAAAUGUGAAACUAUAUGCAGAACUGAAGACCAACUUUUAUCUGGUCUGUACCUACCAUACAUAAAAUUAAUUCAGGCUUCAGCUAGGAAAUUGAUAUGGUUCUUAGUGCUACAUUUCACAGUUUAGCACUGUCUCAAAUGCCCUGAAAUCUUAUUAGUGUUAAAAUAGUCUAAAUCAGAUUUUUAUUCUGCUCUUAGGAUUUCAUUGUGAAUAUUGAACUUUUCAUAAUUGUAAUACAAUACUUCAGGCAGCAGAGGCUGCACAAGUUUUUGUUUGCUGUUAGGAAGUCUGUGGUGUCUUACCUGCAGUCUAAUCUGGUUUGAUGUUGAUUUGGUCACCUCAGUUGUGCACAACAGUUUGCACUAUUGUUAGAAAGAAUAUAAGAGAAUAACAUACUGAUACACUCUGCAGAUUUUUUUUUUCCAAGUGGACUUUGUGAACUGGUCUUCUAGCCAAAAAACUCAGUAUACUCGUAUCCUGUGUUAACUUGCUAAAUAAGUCUCUUUCCAGAUCUCAUGCCAUUUCAGUAAUGGGCACUGCAGCUUUUAAAUGAAUAAGCUUCUGAGCCAGAAUUAGACCAUAAUCUUCUAAGUUACUUUGAUGUGGAGAUUACAAAGUACAUUUCCUACAAAGCAAGUUCAAAAGCAAUAGUGUAAUGGGUAAAUCAGUGACAUUCAAGUCAAUCAUACUAAGGAGUUUUUAAUACCGCCUGCUGCACUGUUGAGCCUCAAUAUAUCUGAAUUUUGUUUGCCAGUUUUUAAGAUCACUAUGUUUCUGAACAAUCUGAAAUGUAAGAUAAUGUUUUCUUUCUCCUUUGUCUUUUCUUUCAGUCUCUAAGAUUGAAAGGAACCCCAUAAAGCCUGAAAGAUAUCUAGAGCAAAAGAUGCUCCUUCCAUAGCUGUUAAAGAGGCUAAGACCACCAUAAAAGGAAAAAGUGACUUACAUUUAGCCAAGAAAUGUUAAGGAAAAUAUGCCCUACCACAGCGUUUACUCCCAAAUGAAAUAUUAGCUUGACUUUGCAGUAUUAUAAAAGAUUGGAAAGAUUUGCAUCUCAUAGGCUAUUGUUUUGCUCUUCAUCAGGAAAGUUUAUGGGUUUUUCUCUUCUCA